AUGCUGGUCGUCCUCUGGCUCAUGGGCGACCGAGGAGGCGCAGCGGUCUUCACAACGUUCUCGAGAAACGGCUGGCCGAGUGACUGGAGAGCCUGCAUGGUGAAUAUACUGGGUCCGGUCAUCACCAUCAUCGGGGCGGACGCACAGGUUCACAUGGCUGAGGAUACGCGAGGCGCCGCACGUGUGGUACCGAGGGCGAUGAUCGCAUCGGCGGUGGUCAACUACAGCUUUGCCUUGGCUUCGAUUGUGACGGCGAUGUAUAUGUUAGGCCCUGACAUCGACGCGAUCACCAAUACACCUACCGGCGUGCCCAUUGCGGAGCUGCUGCUGCGCACGACGGGAAGCGUGAGGGCCACGGCCGUUUUGACGUGUCUGCUCGGCCUUUUGUCCUUCGCCCGUGACAAGGGCAUUCCCUUCCACGCCUACUUCGCCCAGGUCUCUCCGACAAAGAAUACGCCGGUGCGAUCGACCGUCUUCACACUGUCCUUCACUUGCCUCAUGUCGCUCUUCAACAUAGGUUCUGCCGUCGCCCUGGCCACGUUGACUUCGUUGAGCCUGACGGGCCUGAUCUCUUCCUAUCAAAUAGCUAUCGUAUCCAGGCUGUCCGCCAGGAUCCGAAACGCGAAACUGCCUCCGUCGCGCUUCGAUCUGGGGCCAAUAUUCGGAUUUUUUUGCAACGCGAUCGCCUUCAUCUUCCUAUGCGUGGUACUGGUGAUGAUGUUCUUCCCCACCACUCCAAAUCCCCGACCGGCGGACAUGAAUUGGUCGGUGGUGAUGUACGGUUUCGUCACGGUCGUCAUGCUGGUCUUCUACUUCAGGCGCGCCAAGUACAUUUUCGAUGGUCCUGUGACGACGGUUUCGUCGCAGUGGGACACAGCCACGGUGAACGACCGGACCGUCUCAGCACCCGCUUGGGUGGCGGUACUGAAAGCGAAGUUUCCCAAGCUGGCAAAGAUUCUUUGA